AUGGAAAAAGUCUCCUUCAGCCUUAUCUUCGUCAACAAAAGCAGCUCUGGGUGCCUAGGGACGUUGAGCGAGACGCCCAUAUACUACACUGCCCUGGCGCUCCAUCCAGCAUACCGAUGGAAAUGGUUCGAACGCAACUGGGCUGACCGCCCUGAGUGGAUUGACGAGGCGAAAACAAUUGUUCACGAUGUCUGGCGUUUUGAGUAUCGGGAGGCCACUUUGCCUGGAGAUGAGCCGUCAGCUAUUGAACCGGUUCUUAAGCGGCAGAAGAAUUCGGACAAUCCGUUUCAGGAAUAUCUCAAACGAAACCGCUAUACAUCGCCAGAAGCAGGCAAGGAUGGCCUCACGCCUGUUGAGGACGAAUACCUCCAUUGGAUUACGUACUGCGAAAGUGGCGAUGGCUCCAUCGACGAUCCUCUGGCUUACUGGCACGAGAAGCGCUGCAAGUAUCCAAACUUGUCACGAAUGGCGCUUGAUUAUCUCACCAUACCGCCAAUGUCUGCUGAGUGUGAGCGUCUUUUCUCCGCCGCAGGUCGAAUGGUGAACCCCCUGCGCCACCAACUUGAAGCUCAGAUUAUCGGGAUGUGCCAGGUAUUGCGGUCAUGGCUGAGGGGGGGUAUUAUUUGA